CUAUGAGAUCAGUAGUGAUGAGGAUGAGAUGCCGUUUAAGUGUUUUAUCUGUCGAGAGUACUUCACUAAUCCAGUGGUUACAAAAUGUAAGCACUAUUUUUGUGAGAAGUGUGCACUAAGUCAGUACAAGAAAUCAAAGAGGUGUUUUGUGUGUAAUGAACAAACAAUGGGAGUCUUCAACCCAGCUAAAGAGCUGAUGGCAAAGAUAAAGAAAGCCAAAGAAACCAAAGAAUCGCAGGAUUCUGAUGUCGAGGAUACGGGGGGUGGGGGAAGUGAGGAAGAAGACUGAUUUAGGGGGAGGGGUGUGUGAGGAGGAGGACUGAUUUCGGGGGAGGGGUGUGUGAGGAGGAGGACUGAUUUAGAGGGAGGGGUGUAAAUAGAAAGACUGAGAGUGAAGUGGAAAGGAAGAUUGAUUGGAGGGAGGUGAGUAGGACUGAGGAAGAAAUGAAGAAAGGACUGAGGGGAGGGGAAAGUAAAGGGGACUGUUGUUUUAGGGGUUUAAAGAAAAAGACUAAGUGGGAAGGGCAUUAAA